CCGGCAGCUCUGAAACCAAUGCCUUGCCCCUAGACGUGCUGGUUCUGGCCAGUUUGAGACAGUGCAGGGCAAGUGAUCCAUCCUCUUAGCGGCAGUGAGCAGACUUGGGAUCCUACAGCAGCCAGGAAGGAAAAGCAAGAAGUCUACCUCCCGCGGCCAUGCUGAAACAGAGUGAGAGGAGGAGGUCUUGGAGUUACAAGCCCUGGAAUACUUGGGAGGGUGAGAACACACCCCAGGCGGAAGGCAGCCAACGCCGCAAGAGCACCUCCUCCGUGGGGGGCCGUUCUGGCUCCCAGGCCAGCAUCCCACUGUGGAACGAGCUCAGCUAUAACUACUACAUCGAGGAGGAUGAAGAGGAAGAAUGGAAGGAUGAACUUGCUGAGGAGGACCAGCAGCCAGAGAGCACUGCCACCCGGCAGAAUGGUCACAACAACCCUCCAACACCAUCGUCCACGCUGAAUGUGAACGUGGGCGGCCAGAGCUACCGGCUGGACUACUGCGAGCUGGCCUGCUACCCCAAGACGCGCCUGGGUCGCCUGGCCACCACCACCAGUCGCAGCCGCCAGCUGGGCCUGUGCGAUGACUACGAGGCGCAGACGGAUGAAUACUUCUUCGAUCGCGACCCCGCGGUCUUCCACCUCGUCUACAACUUCUACAUGUCCGGGGUGCUGAUGGUGUGCGACGAGCUGUGCCCGCGCAGAUUCCUGGAGGAGCUGGGCUACUGGGGCGUGCGGCUCAAGUACACGCCGCGCUGCUGCCGCAUCUGCUUCGAGGAGCGCCGCGACGAGCUGACCGAGCAGCUCAAGAUCCAGCGCGAGCUGCGCGCGCAGGCGCAGGCUGAGGAGGCCGAGGAGCUCUUCCGCGACAUGCGCUUCUAUGGGCCACUGCGGCGUCGCCUGUGGAACCUCAUGGAGAAGCCCUUCUCCUCGGUGGCUGCCAAGGCCAUCGGGGUGGCUUCCAACCUCUUUGUGCUCAUUUCCGUCGUGGCGCUGGCGCUCAACACCGUGGAGGAGAUGCAGCAUCAGGCAGAGGAGGGCGCGGGAGGUGGAGACCCUCGGUCCAUUCUGGAGCAUGUGGAGAUGCUGUGCAUCGCCUUCUUCACGCUGGAGUACUUGCUGCGCCUUGUGUCUACACCGGACCUACGCCGCUUCGUGCGCAGCGCCCUCAACCUGGUGGACCUGGUGGCCAUCCUGCCACUGUACUUGCAGCUGCUACUCGAGUGCUUCACCGGCGAGGACAUGUUUCACGGAAAGGGCUCACCCCACGAGCACGAUCUGGAGACGGUGGACCGCGUGGGCAAAAUGGGACAGGUGCUGCGUAUCAUGCGUCUCAUGCGCAUCUUCCGUAUCCUCAAGCUGGCGCGCCACUCCACUGGGCUGCGUGCCUUCGGGUUCACACUGCGCCAGUGUUAUCAGCAGGUGGGCUCCCUGCUGCUCUUCAUCGCCAUGGGCAUCCUUACCUUCGCUGCGGCCGUUUACUCUGUGGAACACGAUGUGCCCGGCACCAACUUCAUCAGCAUCCCUCACGCGUGGUGGUGGGCCGCGGUGAGCAUCUCCACUGUGGGCUAUGGAGACAUGUGCCCAGAGACCCACCUGGGAAGACUUUUCGCCUUCCUCUGCAUUGCUUUCGGGGUCAUUCUCAAUGGGAUGCCUAUUUCCAUCCUCUACAACAAGUUCUCUGAUUACUACAGCAAGCUCAAGGCUUAUGAGUAUACGGCCAUCCGUCGGGAGAGGGGAAAUGUGGACUUUAUACAAAGAGCCAAAAAGAAGAUGGCUGAAUGUUUGUCUGGAAGCAACCCAUAG